AUGGCUUCCGCUUCAAACCCUCCCACAGCUGGAACAGUCCAGAGCCCGAUACUCGCUUCCUCACUAACGAACACGUCCUGGACAAAGCCUUCGUAUAAGCUGCCACUACCCAGCUUGCAGUUCCUUUUCCACCUGGAAUGCGACAUGGACUCCUUCCGACAUAUUGGCGCCGGACCUCACGGAGAUCGUAGUACAGUCAUCUUCAAAGGCGGUCGUUUCGAAGGUCCUCGUCUGCGAGGUACCAUACUUCCGGGUGGUGGUGACUGGGAAAUCAUUCGAAAUCACGACGACCAGCAAACUGCUCAUUUGGACACGCGAUACAAUCUGCUUACACACGAUGGGGCAACCAUAUAUCUGCAGACAACAGGCACACGCACUGGCAAGCGCGAAGUAUUGGAGAAACUAGGUCAGGAUGAGUCUAUUACUGCAGACAAAUUCAAGAUGCGCCUUCACAUGACAAUGGAGACGGGCGAUUCGAGGUACAGCUGGGUCAACGAUGGAGUUUUUAUUGCUAGCUCUGGUCGCAAUGGUGAUAUGGUCAUUUACGAUGCUUAUGAAGUCUUGUAA